CACAUGACUCUGGACAUGGAUGCGGUCCUGUCAGACUUUGUUCGGUCCACGGGGGCAGAACCGGGUCUGGCUAGAGACCUGCUGGAAGGUAAAAACUGGGACCUCGGCGCUGCUCUAAGUGACUAUGAGCAGCUCAGGCAGGUCCACACUGCCAACCUGCCGCAGGUCUUCAACGAAGGCCGCUACUACAAGAAGCCAGAGACUCAAGAGACUCCCACUUGUGUCAGUAAGCUCGAAAGGCCGUGCACGCAAAAGCAGGAGGACAAUGCACAAGAGAAGCGCUUGUCUCGAGGAAUCUCUCAUGCCAGCUCUGCCAUCAUGUCCCUGGCACGGCUCCAUGUGGCCAAUGAGUGUACCAGCGAGCAGUUCCCUCUCGAGAUGCCAAUUUACACAUUCCAGCUACCGGACCUCAGUGUCUAUAGUGAGGAUUUCAGGAGCUUCAUAGAGAGGGACCUGAUAGAGCAGUCCACCAUGAUGGCUCUGGAACAGGCCGGUCGUCUGAACUGGUGGUCCACCAUGUGUGCCAGCUGUAAGAAGUUGCUCCCCCUGGCCACCACCGGGGACGGGAACUGCCUGUUGCAUGCUGCUUCUCUGGGCAUGUGGGGCUUCCACGACAGAGACCUGAUGCUGAGGAAGUCGCUCUACAUCAUGAUGAAGAGCGGCACCGAGAGAGCGGCUCUAAAGAGGAGGUGGAGAUGGCAGCAGACCCAGCAGAACAAGGAGUCGGGGCUGGUGUACACUGAGGAGGAGUGGGAGAAGGAAUGGAGUGAAUUGCUCAAGUUGGCCUCCAGUGAACCACGCACUCACCUCAGCAAGAACGGCAACACCAGCGGAGGGGUGGAUAACUCGGAGGACCCCGUCUAUGAGAGUCUGGAGGAGUUCCACGUGUUCGUGCUGGCUCAUGUGCUGCGCAGGCCGAUUGUAGUGGUGGCUGACACGAUGCUGAGAGACUCGGGAGGAGAAGCGUUUGCUCCUAUACCGUUUGGAGGACUGUAUCUGCCUCUGGAGGUGCCCCCCAGCCGCUGCCACUGCUCCCCCCUGGUGUUGGCUUAUGACCAGGCUCACUUCUCUGCCCUGGUUUCCAUGGAGCAGAGAGACCAGCAGCGCGAGCAAGCUGUUAUCCCUCUGACUGACUCCGAGCACAAGCUGCUGGCCCUCCAUUUUGCAGUGGACCCUGGGAGGGACUGGGAAUGGGGAAGGGACGACAAUGACAACGCCAAGCUGGCAGAUCUCAGUUUCUCUCUGGAGGCCAAGCUGAAUCUGCUGCACAGCUAUAUGAAUGUGACAUGGAUCCGAAUUCCAUCAGAGACCAGGGCUCCCUUGGCUCAGCCGGAGUCUCCCACAGCCUCUGCAGGUGAGGAUGUCCAGUCCCUAACCGAGUCCAUGGACUCGGACCGCGAAUCUGUCAGCAGCAACUCCAACGUCAACACCGGAAAAGCCGGCAAGGACAAGGACAAGCAGCACAAGGACAAAGACAAGAACCGAGCUGACUCCGUGGCCAACAAGUUGGGUAGCUUCAGCAAAACCCUGGGAAUCAAACUAAAGAAGAAUAUGGGAGGCCUGGGUGGCCUUGUGCACGGCAAAAUGAGCAAAUCCAACUCGGGUUCAGGUCGCACCGGGGAGAACGGAGGGGAGAAGGUGAAAAAGAAGGAGUCUAAGGUCGCCAAGGGAGGCAAGGAGGAGUCGGGCCAGUCAGUCAGCUCGACGUCUUCUGAGAAGGCCACUAGCCCAUCUCCUAUAGAUGGAGACAAACCCUCCGGCUCCUCCCCCACCACGGGGAAAGCCUCCGGAGACAAGACCUUGGACAACUGGAAAUACAGCACGGACGUUAAGCUAAGCCUCAACAUCCUGCGUGCCGCCAUGCAGGGGGAACGCAAGUUCAUUUUUGCAGGCCUCCUCCUCACCAGCAACCGACACCAGUUCCACGAGGAGAUGAUCAGCUACUACCUGACUAGUGCCCAGGAGCGCUUCAACCAGGAGCAAGAGCAGAGAAGGAAGGAGUGGGAGAGGAAGCCCCCCGCUGCCAACGGGACAGCUGCCGUGAAGCCUGAGCAUGAGAGUGUCUUCCAGGGAGAGAGGUCGGACUGCUCUCCUCCAGAGAGCUGCUCGCCGGUCCUGCUCCACCAGACCCGCAGCCACAGCCCACAAGCCCCGGCGGGCCUCAAGACACAGGGCCGGAGCAGUCCCACUCCCGCGGCCCCCCGUGUCCCUGUCUCCGACCCACCUCUCACCCCGCCCCCAGUUUCCAACCAUUCCCCCCACCCAGCUCCCGCCCCCCCUUACUCCUCCCUCAGUUUUGGUGCUAAAAGACCCACCCCUGUGUCCGCCCACUACAGCCAUACACCACCCAUCCAGAAGCACAGUGUGGUCCACUUACAAAAUGUCAACGUUCAGUCCUCUGGCUUCCAAGAUGACCCCUACAAGCCAACGGUGGGCACCCUAAAGACAUGCGCCACUUAUCCCCAGCAGAAUCGCACGCUGUCAUCGCAGAGUUACAGCCCCGCGCGGCUGUCGGGGGGGGUCCGCACCGUAAACGCCGUGGAGAGCCUGUCCUACAACAUGGCCAGCGAGCGUAAGUCUCACACCUACACCAACGGCUUCGAUGCGGGAGACAUUCGCGACCGCCCGGAGUUUGCCGACGAGGACCCCCCAGCUCACAGCCGGCUCAGCCAAGAAAAAACCAAAGGGCGGAGUUACGGGGCGCCCGUAUACUCCUUCCAGCAGCGCCGCUGCACGAGGGAGAACUGCUCCUUCUACGGCAGGCCGGAGACGGACAACUACUGCUCCUACUGUUACAGAGAGGAGCUCAAACGCAGGGAGAGAGAGAACAAGGUGCACAGGCCCGAGUAGCCACCACUGUCCUCUCCACCA